ACACGAAAUGUACGCACCUACAGCCAUUGCAGAUUUCUCAGCCCGUGAGCACAGCUCUGCGAUAGCGACUAUCAAGUACGGUUUGAGUCAGCAUGAUAACUUACGGUCGGUAUGCCUACAUUUGCGCGUUUGCGACCGUUGUGGCUUCCGGUGCCAGCCGUGGCUAGCAGGGCGUGGUGACGGGUAAGUGCAGCAAGCUUGCUUGGCCG